AGCAAAAAAUUUAAAAAAUCCAUAAAAGUCAAAUAAAUGUGAUGCUUUUCUUUUUUUUUCUUUGGCAUAUGUCUUGAAUUGGGUUUAUUGGUUUGAGUUUAAGUGGUAGUCCUUUUUGCCAAUGAAAGUGCUUGCUAAAGAUGGAAAUAAAGAAGAUAUGCCUUUCUAGAAUCUUGUGCCUGGAACAAAGGUGCACACUUAGGUGCAUAAGGCGCUAGGGUUCGAGCCUGGUGAGCCUUGAGCCUAAGGCGUACCUGAGGCGCGCCUUUAAUAACUAUGCUAAGAGGUAUAUGUAAGAAUUCCAUUAAAAAGAAAAAGAAAGGAAAAAGGCAUGUGUAAGAAUUCUUGCAGUAGAAUAACGAGAAGGCAGAGCAUUAGCCUGUAGAGAAGUAGAUGGAUAAAUCUAGCAUCACGUUUGUGUUUUCUUGAAUUCUCUCUAUGAUCUUAGGCAUUAGACUUAAGGGAGGAGGCAUUGUUAAUUGGGUUAGUAUUGACAUCAAAGGUUCAGAGAAAAUGCAGAUAAUGUUUCUAAUCACCCAAAACCAAAAAUAAGAAAAUGCAGAAAAUGUUUUCCAGUAAAAUGAGAAACUCAUGGAGCAUUCAUUAUGUAUAGAUGUGCUUAAAAUUCCAUUUUAUAUGCACACUAUCGUUUCGUGUAUCUUUCUGUAUUUCACAUGCACUCUCUUUUGUGUUUGAUUGUUUUAUAACUGCUGUUUUGUCACCUAUAGCUUUGUCAAAUGAAACUUCCAUUGCCAGUUCACUUCAUUGCACCCAGAUGUUGUACUUAGUAGGCCCUUACUAAUGUGAUUAAAGAAUGAACGCGUGUGGCAUACUGCAGCCUACUAUUAAGGAUGUACUUGAGGUUAUUAAACCUUUACGAGAGGAUUGGGAAGUGCGAUCUAAAAUUAUUGAAGAGUUAAAAGAUGUUGUUACCUCUGUGGAAAGUCUUAGAGGUGCAACUGUGGAGCCAUUUGGAUCAUUUGUGUCCAAUCUCUUCACUCGAUGGGGAGACUUAGAUAUCGCUAUUGUACUAUCAAAUGGUUCUUAUAUUUCAUCGGCUGGAAAGAAGCGCAAACAGAAUUUACUUGGAGAGUUACUAAGAGCUUUGAGGCAGAAAGGUGGAUGGCGUAGGUUACAAUUUGUUCCAAAUGCAAGAGUUCCCAUCUUAAAAUUUGAGAGUGGCCGCCAGAGCAUCUCGUGUGAUAUUUCAAUCGAUAAUCUGCAGGGUCGAAUGAAGUCCAAUUUUUUGUUCUGGAUCAGCCAGAUAGAUGGACGUUUUCGCGAUUUGGUCUUACUGGUCAAGGAAUGGGCCAAAGCUCACAAUAUCAAUAAUCCAAAGUCUGGGACAUUAAACUCAUACUCCCUCAGUUUACUUGUUAUAUUCCAUUUUCAGACAUGUGUACCUGCUAUUUUACCUCCUCUAAAAGAAAUAUAUCCAAGAAAUGCUGUUGAUGAUCUUGCAGGUGUGAGGAUUGUUGCAGAGGAGCGCAUUAAAGAAAUUUGCAAUGCUAACAUAUCUAAAUAUAUGUCAGAAAAAUACAGGGCAGUUAAUCGAAGUUCUCUUUCUGAGCUUUUCAUUUCAUUCCUUGCAAAGUUUUCUGACAUUCGUUCAAAGGCUGCAGAGCUAGGAAUUUGCCCAUUUACUGGACAAUGGCAAGAGAUAAGCAGCAAUAUGAGAUGGUUGCCCAAAACAUAUGCAUUAUUUAUUGAGGAUCCUUUUGAGCAGCCUGAGAAUACUGCAAGGGCUGUCAGUGCUGGAAACCUGGAAAAGAUAUCUGAAGCAUUUCAGACAUCAUAUGAUAGGCUUGUUUUGGCCAGUCACAAUAGUAGUUCUCUCCUUAGCAUGUUAGUCAGGCCACAAAUAAUAAAUUUCAUUGCAGAAACACCUGCUGGGAGCUCAAGUCACACUGUUGUGGACUACCAAAGUACUCGUCCAAUGAUGAGCAGGGCUGUGUAUUCUCAGUCACAAGUGCAGCAUAAAAUUCAGAACAUGAGCCUGGAAGGAAAUCCCAAUUAUUUAGCUAAGAAAAGACAGGAGAGUCGUCCCAAAGUUUUGAGCAAGCCAAAGGAAAUUCGUCCCAACAAUUCGAAGUUGCAAGUGCAACAUCCAGUUCAGAACACAAGACUGGAAAGGCAUCCCAACUAUUUCACCAAGCCAAGACAGGGCACUUGUCCUGACAAUUCUACCAAGCAAAGACAAGAAAGUCAUCCGAGUUAUUUAACCACGCGAAACCAUGCACGUCCACAUCAUGGUCAGGGCCAAUAUAUCUGGAGGCCAAAAUCUGAUGGUUAGUACUUUAGGGGCUUAAUUUGUUCUCCUUUUGGGACAUAUAUUAUGACAGUUGAUUGAAAAGAAAAGGAGUGACAUACAGCUAUUUGAGAAUUUCUGGAAUAUUGUACCAAAGACUCCCUGUGUUUUCUAGCUGGAGGCCAGCAACUGUUAGAGAAUGCAUGACUGCUUCUAGAAUUUUGUUAAGUUGAUAAAAGGAUCGUUGUGCUUUUUUUUUUCCCUCUUUAACUGGGAGGCCACAAUUGAAUCUAGUUGUCUGAACGUGUAAUUUGUCACCAUUAGGGGAGCAUUUUUCGGUUUUAAUAAAAAAUCUGAAUCAAAUCGAUGUAAA